AUGAGGUUUAUUAUCAAGCUUCAGGUUACGCGCAUCGUGAUUGAUGACAAUUACAGACUCCUUAUUGAUUGUCAUGCACCAGCUUCACAUCCAAAGUUGUCCGCCUUGAAAUGUCCCUCGUGUUGGAAGGUUAAUGACGUCACCAUCUGUUCCCAGAAAUCACAGAUUUGUGAUGCCGGAGAGGAUGUUUGUGUUGGAAACCUUGAAGAGUGGAAAUUUUCAGUGACAUGUUCGACUUCUUUGUUGUGUCCUAUCAAUGACCUGAUCGGCUGGUCGGUGAAUUGCACGGGUGGGGUGGCCUUCCGACCACACGACGAGUGUACGUCCUGCUGCUCCGGACCCGACUGUGACGACAUGCUGAACGCCGUGCAGCGCGGAUUUGACGCUAUUCCCACCGUGCUGCACUGCCCCACAUGCGCCAUGACGUCAGACCCACGUGACUGCAUGAACAACAUUCUACCGUGUGACGUAUCCCAUGAUACUUGUGAGAUUGACAAGCAGGGCGGACUGUAUUCAGGAAAAUGUAAAUCAAGUCACACGUGCAAGCUCCACCAGCACACCCACCCGAACUUCCCUGCGUGUUUCCAAGGUCAAACCGCCGGAUGCACCAUUUGUUGCAAAGACGGAACGUGCAUACGCCAGGCCUAUGGAGUCCUGAUGAGUACAUCUACACCGCCUACAACUAGUUCACCCGGCAUCACCCCCCACCCCGAGGGUUGCACCGACGCGGCCUUCCACCCGUGUUCCAUUAAAAACGACUCGUGUGCCGAUCCACUAGCAGCCAUGGCGUUCUGUGAACGCACGUGCAACAUGUGUCCAGGUGAACAAAGCACGACGUCAACGACUCAUUCCUCUGUGACGCCACCAAUAUCGAACACGCCGUCGACGAGUUGUGUGGACUCGGACGAGUUUCACUGUACGGAAUUCCCCGACAUCUGCCGAGACCACGAGCUCGCCAUGCUCCACUGUCCGCGCAUGUGUAAACUGUGUCCUUAAACAUGACAGAAAUAAAAACUACAA